AUGCUUUCGCAGCUUAACCGCAACAAGGAUACAGCCAAAUCCUUUAUUCGGCGGCCAGGGGUUACAUUUGGGGAUGAGACAGCCAUUUCGGUACCCUCUGGCCAGCCUCCGCCGCUGCGUCGACCGACGCUGAUUCGUCGUCCCACAAUGAGCCGGCCAGAGCGCGGGCAUCAGCGCACACCUCUGCUAAAUCCUGACGGCGAGCCGGACGAUCCGUUUUCCGAGCAUCGUCCUCCGCCGUGGUACCGGUUGUGGUGGCAUUAUCUGGCAAUCGUUUGCACAUUUUGGGCCCCUCCCCCCGUGCUUUCCCUCUUGGGUUUUCACAAUACCGAAGUCCGUCAAGCAUGGCGUGAGAAGGUCACACUGGUGCUUUUUGCUUUGGCACUGGGUGCUGUUAUUGCCUUCAUUACAGUUGGGUUACAGCGCACACUCUGCCCUGAUGAUGUUCGCGAAGUGUUUGUAAAUGUCAAGCGGGCUCAGGCAAUGGUGGGUAUCCAAGGUAUUGCAUACAAUGCCGACCAAGCAAAGUUUCAGCAGCCAGAUAUAUACCCAGCGCUGUCGGCGCAGCCAGGCUUGGACAUAACACCGCUUCUCGACAGUAGCAGACGUCAGUACGACCAGUGUGCGGGACUUUCUGGUCGUUACUCACAAUGGCAAGGGUGUGUUGACGUGAACGGAAAGCGCGCCGAAUGUAUUGCAUCCCUGAACAAUCAAACAGUCCAGCGCCUGUCACUGACCCCCAAGCACAAAGACAUUGGGUAUGACUGGGAGGAUGUGGUGAGGAGUAAGGGCCAGCUGCUCACGAUUGAUGGAUACGUACUAAAUAUGAACGCGUAUAUGGCCUACAAUCCUCAACCUAUUCAGGGCGAUGUCGUCGAUGCUACAAUCCGGCAGCACUUCAGCCAAGCGCAUGUCCAAAGCCCGGAUGCUACGCGUGCUUUUGCUGAUACGAGAGAAGGCACAGAUGCGAUUCCGUGCCUAAAACAACGGUACAUGGCUGGGCGUGUCAACUACAAGACAGCGGGCUGCUUUGUCGCUGAGCUGGUUCUUUAUGUAUCGCUAACUGUCAUUCUUGGCUUAGUGCUGGCGCGUACCCUGAUGGCCAUUUGGUAUGCAUGGGUCGGUUCCAAUCGCAUGGCCAGCACACCGCCCGUGCCGGGUAAGAUGUCGGCUGUUGGCUCUAAGCGUCCGCGUCCCAUCUCACAUCUUAUCAUGCCAGCCGAUGCUGCACCGAACAAUGCCGAUGGGAUGGCUCCCUGGGCUGCCAAGAGGGUCCGAGCGUCUCGUCUUAUUGUACCCGAAAAGUUGGAGGAUUCCAUGUCCGGUCUUCCCUCCUCUAUGACAGCCGAAGAUAUUGGCAAUGAGCCCUACGUUAUCUGUCUGGUGACGUGUUAUUCGGAAGGAAUGGGUGGCAUCUCUGCAACUCUAUCCUCUCUGAGUGCUACAGAAUAUCCAGCCAGCCGCAAGCUCAUCUUUGUCGUGGCUGAUGGUAUGGUUACAGGAGCUGGAGAGACGAUGAGCACUCCUGAUAUUUGUGUCAGUCUUCUUAGUCCGGACCCUCGUUUCGGCACGCCUAUGCCGAUGAGUUACCGCUCUGUGGCUUCGGGACGCAAAGCGCAUAACAAGGCACUUGUUUAUGCGGGCCACUACUUGCACCCAUCGGGUGGGGAGGCUGUACCUAUGAUUGUGGUGGCCAAGUGUGGCCUACCGGAAGAUGUGAACGAUAAAAAGCCGGGCAACAGGGGUAAGCGCGACUCGCAGAUGAUCCUGCUCAACUUUUUGCAGCGUGUGACCUACAACGAUUUGAUGACACCAUUGGACUACGAUCUCUUCCGCAAGUGUCACGCGCUUAUGGGUGUUACUCCAGACUUUUUCGAGUUGUGUCUCAUGGUGGAUGCCGACACGAAGGUGCACCCUCCGUCGAUGCGCAGUCUAUGCAAUGCUAUGCUGAACGAUCACCGCAUCAUGGGCGCCUGCGGCGAGACUCGAAUCGAGAACAAGGCAGAGAGCUGGGUGACGGCGAUCCAGGUGUUUGAGUAUUUCAUCUCACACCACCAGGUCAAAGCGUUCGAGGCGGUCUUUGGUGGUGUCACAUGUUUGCCGGGCUGUUUCAGUAUGUAUCGUAUCAAGGCUCGCAAGCCUGGGUUUCAAGACUGGAUUCCUGUGCUUGUUAAACCGGAGAUUACACGGGAGUACAGUCAAUCCACUGUGACGACACUGCACCAGAAGAACCUGCUGCUUUUGGGUGAAGAUCGUUUCCUCAGUACGCUUAUGUUGCGUACCUUUCCCCAUCGCCGCAUGGUCUUUGUUUCCCAAGCCGUGUGCCAUACGGAGGUACCUACCAAGUUCUGGACGCUUCUCUCGCAGCGGCGACGCUGGAUCAACUCGACGGUCCAUAACCUUAUGGAGCUUAUGCUCGUACGUGAUCUGUGCGGUACCUUUUGCUUCUCGAUGCAAUUUGUGGUGUUCAUGGAUUUGAUCGGCACACUUGUACUUCCUGUUGCCAUCAGUCUCACGUACUAUUUGAUUGUGUCCUCGAUCGUCAACCCCCCACACGACUUUACUUCCGCUAUACCGCUGAUCAUGCUUAUCUGUGUCUUAUUCCUACCCGGUGUGGUCAUUACGGUUAUUCGAUUCCGUCCCCAGAUGGUCAUUUGGCUCAUUAUUUAUCUCAUCUUCCUACCUGUAUGGAACUUGAUUCUCCCUGCGUAUUCAUUCUGGCACUUUGACGAUUUUACAUGGGGUGCCACCCGCAAAGUCGAGGGCGAGACGCGAGGAGAAAGUCACGGUAUCGACGAAGAAGGAUAUAAUGCUUCUCUGCAUGUGCCGAUGCGUCUGUGGUCAGAGUGGGAGCGCUCGCGAAUUCGCAAGCAAGGACGCGAUGCCCGGCGGCGCGAGGAAAUGACGCAGCAAUUUGGCUCGACCUUCUAUAACGACACGGAGACUUCCUCCGUGCCGGAGCGGCUGCAGCCGAUAGUACCCGGUAAGACCCCUGUCGUUGAGCGCUCAGCCUCUGGCGAUGAGGAUCGCUGGGGAGACCAAAUUGGAGCGUAUGACGAGAACGAACCUGUGCCCAAUCUCAUACAUGCGGGGCGCCCGGUCUCGGCGCUCAUGCCAGUGCGCCUGGUGGAAGAAGGCGACAUGGAGAACAUGCUCCAGGAUGGCUGGGACGAUGACGAGGAUGACAAGUAUCUGCGCCCCAACGUGCGUGGACCAUUUAUCAGCGUCCCAAAUCACUCAAAUGUUUCACUGAACGACGAUGACAAUCCUUUGGGGCAGUCACGCACCUCGGUUGACAUGGGCACGCUGCUACCCAACGAUGCUUCGCCUGUCCGAGUCCUUGGCGAUGGCCUGCCGGCGACAUCCUCUGCAAUUGGAGACGGUCAUGCGUCUCAUGCUCGCAACCGCUCGAUAGGACAUCGUGUGGAACGCCCGUACGACUCUCAUUAA